AUGGCAUCUAUGACGGUGGUUCUGUAUCCUUCUCCGGGAAUCGGCCACCUGGUUUCCAUGGUGGAGCUCGGAAAGCUCAUUCACACCCACCACCCUUUAUUCUCUAUCCUCAUCCUCAUAACUCCGGCACCUUUUGAAACCGGUUCCACCGAAAAAUACAUCAAAACCGUCUCUGCCACCAUCCCUUCCAUCAUGUUCCACCACCUCCCCACUAUCGCUAUUCCAGCAGACUUGUCGUCUGAUUUCGUCGCACUUAAUUUCGCGAUCCCACAGCUUUACAACCCAAUUUUCCACAACACACUCGUAGCCAUCUCGGAGAAAUCCACCGUCAAAGCUGUGAUCCUUGAUUUCUUUACCAACGCUGCUUUCCAAGUCGCUAGAAGCCUCCAGUUACCAACUUACUACUUCUAUACCGGCGGCGCUUCCGGUCUCUGUGUGUUCUUAUAUAUGCCCACCAUCAACAACAUCUCUUCUGAUUCUAUUAAAGAUCAAAAUAUUUACUUUGAUAUUCCUGGAGUGCCUCCUAUCCAUUCCUCCCAUUUUCCAGCAGCUGUGGUUGAUAAAAAAGGUAAAGCAUAUGAGAACUUCAUAAACACUGCCAGAAACAUGGCAGAAUCCUCCGGCAUCAUUGCAAACACCUUUGUUGGGUUCGAAGAAAGAGCUGUUGCCAGUCUCCGGGAUGGUAAUUGCAUCUCCGAUGGUCCAACUCCGCCUAUUUAUUUCAUCGGACCUUUGAUCGCCGGUGGAAAUCAUGUGGAUCCUAGCGAAAACGAGUGCUUAAAAUGGUUGGACUCACAACCGAGUAAAAGUGUAGUGUUUUUAUGCUUUGGGAGUUUGGGUGUUUUUAAGAAAGAGCAGUUGAAGGAAAUAGCGAUUGGGUUGGAGAGAAGCGAGCAAAGAUUUUUGUGGGUGGUGCGAGAUCCGCCACCAGAUGAAGAAAACGAGUCGAAUUCCGGUGGUGGUAAAGAGCUCGAUCUUGAUGCUAUUCUUCCUGAAGGGUUUUUAGCAAGGACAGCGGGUAAGGGACUGGUGGUGAAAAAUUGGGCACCUCAACCGGCGAUACUUGGUCAUGACUCCGUGGGUGGAUUUGCGAGUCACUGUGGGUGGAACUCGGUGCUUGAAGCGGUGGCAGCUGGGGUGCCAAUGGUCGCAUGGCCAUUGUAUGCGGAGCAGAAUAUGAAUCGGGUGUAUUUGGUGGAAGAAAUGAAGGUGGCACUGGCGGUGGAUAUGUCGUCGGAUGGGUUUGUCACGGCGACGGCUGUGGAGGAAAAGGUGAAGGAGUUGAUGGAGGGUGAAGAAGGGAGAGUGGUGAGGGAACAGAUAUUAGAGAUGAGUGAAAGGGCAAAAGCUGCGACGGAGGACGGUGGCUCCUCCCGAGUUGAGUUCUCUAAAUUAACCAAUUCUUGGACCCCCCUGUAG